AACAAUGAAGGGAUGGAGGAUACGUGAGGAGGGAGAAGGCAAGGAGGAGGGAGGAGGAGAGAAGGAGGAGAAAACAAGAGGACAAAGGAUUCGUUAAACAAAAGCAGGUUUGGACAACAGCAAAAGUAUUUGUAAAGCUCACCUCUUACAAGCUGAAGGAAUGGGUAGCCUUCCACUGGUCCUGCUCCUCUGUGGUUUCCACGCACUCACAGCUGUAGUCCAAGCCCAGGAGAGCGAGACCACUCAGGCACCUGCUGGGACAACCCUGCCAGCCAACUGCAGGGAGGAGAUGUACCCAUGCACCAGGAUGUACUCGGUCCAUCGGCCCAUCAAGAGAUGCAUCGGCGGACGCUGCAUUUACAGCCUCUCUCGCAUCUAUGUGAUCAACAAUGAGAUUUGCGUGAGGAUGGUGUGCCAACAGGAGGAGUAUCGAAAAGCCGAGUUGUGCAGAGAGUUGUCUGGGUGGCCAAGGCGCAUUGAGAGGUCAUCUAACAGGAAACGCUGUCGCAAUCGCCGUGGCAACCCCAAAACCUGGGCAAACAAGGCCUGACGGGGGGCCGCGGGCACGGCAGCGUGACCACCCGGCAAGGUCGGGGCGCCGUAAAGAUGCGACUCCGGGGACGUUGUCAUCAAAACAGUCCAUAACACCAUAAAUCCAGCGCUCAACACCUGCGGGGGUCUCCUCCCCUGAUUUUCACACACACACACACACACGCACAAACACACACACACACACACACACACACACACACAUACGGGCCGUGGGCUGAGUCAUAUCUAUGUUUAUGUGUACUAACUUUUAAUUGCCUGGGAAUACAGUGCAUUUCAUGGAUCAUGUCAAGCAGGGUUUAUGGCCCUUUAAAGGAUGCUAUGGAAAGCCGUUUAACCAUUUAGUUAACAUCCUGGAUACCCUACUUAAGGUCUGUGUACUCACUGCUAAGACGAUUCAGGGCAUUAGUAGAACACCUUUCUCUUACUAGUAAUCUUUUUUUUCCCACUACUAGUGCCACUUUUUUCCAAUUAGUAUGCAAAUAAACCUUACAAGUUAUGUAUAGGUAGCCAUUUGCGCGUUUAUUUGAUAUCCUUGUUAUCCAGCUUAGUCUUGCAUUAGCAUAUUCUUUGUCCUCACUAGUAAGACUAUUCAGUGCACUAGUUGAAUGACUAGAAUGUACUAGUUGAACGACCGCUCUUACUAAUGUUUUUUCCACUAAUAGUGUCACUUUUGGCCUACAAGUACGUAAUUGAACAAAAUUAAAAUGGAAAGCCGUCUCAGAAUUUAUUUGUUAUACUUGACGUCCAUGUUAUGAUCCAACGCACUACUACUGUGACUGCCUUAUUAGUAACGUUUAUACAGUACUAGUGCCACUUUGGGCUACUAGUACACAAUAAAACCUUACUAAUAAUCUAUGGAAAGCUGAGCAGUUUUUUUAUAUCCAGUUUAUAGUCCAUGUAUUAGGACACAUAUUGCCCUCACUAGUAGGACAUCAUGAUACUAGUGAGGUAAAACUGUUGACAUCUGCACACUACUAGUACUAGUAAUGAAGCAAUAGAUUAAGGCCGCAACUAUUUUGAUAAUCGAUCAAUCUGUUGGUUAUUUUUUCGAUUAAUCGAUGAAUUGAAAUUUUCAUCAGGACAUUAUUUCAAAUUGACAGAGCAGAAACUGCAGAAACAAAAUUAUGAUUCAGUGACUGGUUUGGUCUGUCAGAAAAUGAUUAAUCAAAAUAGAUAAUAAAUAGUAAAUCAAUUAGUUGUCAGUUAAUCGAUUAAUUGUUGCACCUCUACACCAGAUAUUAACGAGUCAAGUUUUAUGAUGUCACUGGUAGUUUGUCAUUGUCAAGUGGUGUGAAGUUAGGCCUCACUUGUAGCAUGUAGUCAUCCUACUAGUAUGCCAAAGUUGUCCUAUAAGUGAGGACAAAGAGCGUACUAUUACAUUAACCCAAGCUGGACAUCAUCGAAUAAAUGCUCAGACGGCUUUCCAUAGUUUACACGUAAGUUUUAAUUGCCUACAUGUAGGCCAAGAAUGGCUAUUAGAACUUUUGGCUUCAAAGAGUCAUGUCGUCAGCCCGUAGUUAUGCUCGUCAUCGCAGCAUACACAGGAAGUCCGCAAACCUGUGACGUUCCGCAUAUAGCAGAUGGUGUACUAGUCGGCCAAAAGUGGCACUGGUAGUGGAAAAAAACUUUACUAGUAAGACACAGUUGUUCUACCAGUGGGCCGAAUUGUCGUACUAGUGAGGACAAAGAGCAUACUCGUACAUGGAACUUAAACUGGAUAUCAUGGAUAUUGCAUAAAUGCUGAAGGACCAUAUCCUAUAUGAUUUGCACAAAGACUCAUUGUUUGACAUUGUAAGGUGCUAACUAAUAAUCCAUUAUGUAUUACGCACGCUGUUGUAUCCAAUCAAUUAUACCGACACUUGAUUUUGUUUACGCCCACAUUUCCUUUGUUGAAUAAAUAAAAUACACACAAUUUUAA